AUGAGAAACCACACAGUGAUAACAUUAUUCAUUCUUCGAGGAUUAACAGAUGACCCACAGAUGCAGGUUCUACUUUUUAUUUUUCUGCUUCUGACUUAUAUCCUGAGUGUAACUGGGAACUUGACCAUAAUCACCCUCACUCUGGUGGAUCCCCAUCUUAAAACUCCCAUGUAUUUUUUCCUUAGGAACUUUUCCUUCUUAGAACUAUUAUACACAACUGUCUGCAUUCCCAGAUACCUUUAUAAUUUAUCAACUGGAGACUAUACUGUGACUUAUCAUGGAUGUUUCUCUCAAUUAUUUUUUGGUAUCCUCCUUGGGGCCUCAGAAUUUUUUCUUUUGGCAGCUAUGUCUUAUGACCGCUAUGUAGCUAUCUGCAAACCUCUGCACUAUGCAACCAUCAUGAACAGCAGAGUCUGUAACCAGCUUAUCCUGGGUUGUUGGGUAUUUGGGUUGCUGUUCAUCAUUCCAAUACUUGGUGUAGGUCUUGAGCUAGAAUUCUGUAACUCCAAAAUUAUUGACCAUUUUCUUUGUGAUGUAUCACCAUUGCUGGAGAUCACAUGCUCUGAUACACAGUUGAUGGAAAGAAUGAUUUUAACCUCAGCUUCACUGACCCUCAUCAUCACCUUAGUGUUAGUGAUUUUAUCUUAUGUCUAUAUUGGCAGGACUAUUCUGAGAUUCCCCUCAGCUGAACAAAGGAAAAAAGCCUUUUUCACUUGUUCCUCUCACAUUAUUGUUGUCUCCAUUGCUUAUGGUAGUUGCAUCUUCAUCUAUAUCAAACCUUCUGCAAAAGAAGGAGUGGCUUUGAAUAAGGUUGUGGCACUACUUAUAACCUCAGUAGCACCAGUAAUGAAUCCCUUUAUAUACACCUUGAGGAAUAAACAAGUGAUACAAGCUUUUAGAGACACAUUAAAAAGGACUAUAUUGAUUUCAAAAAUAUAA